GAGCACAUGACCUUUGACAAGUUCCGGGUAAAUAUCGACCAUGCUUUCGAUGUGAACUUCGAAGGCUACGUUCCUCUCUUCCCCAUCGUCGUGCCGAUCUUCGGUCGAACAGAAGUUCGCGUCAGUUGGCCCAUCUGGGAGUACCUCUUCUUCGAAGUCUACCACGGGGCUUUUCAGAAGAGGGUGGGCACCAGCGGAACUAUAGCCUCGGCAGUGGACAGGUGCUGGUUCGAGCACAAU